AUGAACGACGAUCGGCCCCAUGAUGUGACUCUCCAUCCUCAGCUUGAACAACGCCAUCUAGCAUACGGGCCUGAUUCAGCUUCUGAAGAUGACAAUGCCAAUGAAAAUGGAGCACCUGUUGCACCAGCCGCCGUAAACGAAGAUCCCCACAUGGUGCGAGUGACUCGACCAGUCCCACCACGCGAUUACGGACCACAACCACCACUAUUCAGCAUUGAAGAGCUUAUGAACCUUGCUUUUCGGCCGGCUGCAUUGAAUACCCGCAUAGCAUGUCGUAUAUGCCGCUACAGAGACGGCCUUGAUAAGCUCAAUCCACAAUAUCAGCUUUUGAUCGAGCAUAUUCCAUCAGGCGACUUACAUCAUGUCAUGACCGCUCGCAAAAAGCGCAAGAGCCAAACCAGCUAUUAUACAAUCACCGGCAUUGUCCAUGAUACACCACAAGGACCAGGUACACCUGUAGAGUUGGGCAAAGUAAGGUCCAACUUUUUAGGCACAACGUUUGUCAUAUAUUCGCAUGGAAGGAACCCCACAAGAAAGGAAAAUGAUCCAACAAAGAAUGAUUUGCCUGUGCGAGAAGAAUUGGGUGCUGUUCUUUAUGAUCCCAACAUUCUUGGCUUCAAGGGUCCUAGGAAAAUGACGAUCCUGAUGCAUACUCUGACGCGUGAUGGUAAACGACCUGAGUUUCGACCUACGUCGGAAUCGGAUACGCUUUUGAACAAGUAUCGUGAAGGUGGUGCUCGUGAUUUGCUGGUUCUUCACAAUAAGAGCCCCCAGUGGAAUGAAGAUACACAAUCCUUUGUAUUGAACUUUAGCGGGCGAGUGACACAAGCAUCUGUCAAAAACUUUCAAAUUGUGCAUGACAAUGAUUUGGAUUACAUCGUGAUGCAAUUUGGAAGAACGGGUCCUGAUCACUUUACGAUGGAUUUCAAGUACCCCAUGUGCCUUGUACAAGCAUUUGCCAUAGCUCUUACUUCAUUUGAUGCCAAACUUGCAUGUGAAUAA